AUGUCGAUGGCUUCGCCGACACUUGCUGGCGCGCCACAGUGGCAGCGAGACGUGUGGCGUCGGCAGCAGGACGAAAUGGUGGCCGUCCCCUCCUACCUCGACGUCGACAAGGUAGAGGCCGACUCCUUCCUCGCCUACGCAUCGCCGUCGACGAAAAAGAAGCAGGAGAAGCAGAAGAAGCAGAAGAGGAGCGGCAGCGGGAUGGGAGGGUCCACGGCAGCGGCGGGGGGCGAGAAGGCGACCAACAAGAGGUGGAAGCGAAGGAAGCAGUCCUUGGGCGAGGUGGCGGUCAGCGAAGAGGCACCUGCCACUACGUCGUCGCCCAGGAGGGAGGGGAUCGCCGAGACGGAAGUGCAGAGGCAGCACCUUGCUGCCAUACUCGAGGAGAACAACACAAGCUCGCCCAGCAUUGGUGGCCACUCCACCUUGUUGGCUCUGGCGCCCGCCAACUCGGCUGGCGUGACGACGAAGCAGAAGCAGAAGCAGAAGCAGAAAACAGAAGACGGGGUGCGACAUCUCAAGAGCAAGAACAAGACGGAGAGCAAGAAGCGACUGCGGCUACGAGAAGAAGAUGAGCGCCGGGCGGCCCGCCUGGCGUUCGUCGACACCGAGCUGAACCAGGUGAACGCCAUGGCCUGGUACCACCGACUCGACGUCCUCAGCCGACCGCAGCGCAACCCCUAG